UUUAGAGGAUUAUUUUUUCAAAAUAACAUAAUGAAAAAUAAUUUUGCUGCAUUUCCCGAGAUAGUGUUUUUGGAUGGUACCUAUAAACUACUGAAUUUUAAUGGUAUUGUAUAUUUAUUUUUGGUAGAAGAUUCAGUUGGAAGCUCAGAAAUAGCAGGUGUGGGUAUACUAGUUGGUGAAGUAAAACAAUACAUUGAUUGGCUUAUUUCUUCAUUUAAAAUAAAAAAUGAAAACAGCAAUUUAAUAAAUUCAUUUAUGACCGAUAAAGAUGAGAAUAUGAGAAACGUUUUAAAUUCUCAUUUUCCAGAAGCAAACCUUAAUUUAUGCAAAUUUCAUGUAUUUCAAAUUUUUAAAAGAGAAAUCACUACAACCAAAUUAGGAAUAAACCCAACAGAGAAGUCUGUAUCAUUGGAAUACUUACAAAAAAUAUCUUAUUCAAAAUCUCCUGAAGAAUAUAAUGAUAACUAUGAAAUAAUGACUGAACUUUUACCUAUACAAGUAAUGCAAUACUAUAAUUUAAAUUGGCAUCCUAUUAAAAAACAAUGGGUGGAUGGAUUUAUAAGUAAAAAUUUUUUGAAUUUUACCAACAAUCGAACUGAAUCACUUAAUCGUAAUCUAAAAUCCAUUAUUAAAAAAUUAAGCUCCCUCCAAGAAUUUCUUGAAAAUUUAUUUGUAGAACUACAGAUUGAAAGAACUGAAAGAGAUCACAGAGCUAUGAAAACAAUUCAUAAACUGCCUGUAAUAAAUUCAACUAUUGCUCCUAUCAAAAUCUAUUCAAACAUUUUAACUCAAUUUGCUUUUGAUCUUGUAGAAAAAGAGUAUUUAGCUAGUAUCAAUAUAAAAAAUAAUAAUGAUACAAAUUUAAAUAUCACGGACUUGAAUUGCUCUUGUACAUUCAAUCGUAAUAUGGGAUUACCAUGCCGACAUAUUUUCAACAUGAGAAUUAAUAAAAAACUAGACAUUUUUGAUGAACAAUUAUGUAUACCAAGGUGGACAAAAAAAUAUUUGCUAGAAAAACAAAAUGUAUUUCAACUAUUAAAUAAUGAAGAUCAUUUGCAAGAAAGUUUAAUAAAAGUGAUGCCUACAUUACGUGCUCCAAAAUCAACAUUUGAAAAAUAUAAACAUGCCUCAUUAUUUACCAAUCAACUUUCUAAACUUAUCUCCGAAGUUGGCCAAAAAGCUUUUAAUUAUAGAAUUGAAAUUGUGAAACAAAUAUUGAAAAUAUGGGAAAGUAAUAAGGAGUUCAUUGUUAUACCAAUUGAUGAAGAUGCUCGUAAUCAAAGGAUUCAAAUAACAGAUGAACCUCUAGAUGAACCAGUUAUGAAUUUUGAAAAAAAUGUUAUUGAAAAUGAUCAAACAGAAUUGAUUUUCACAAAUGUAAAGUGCAAUAAUGAAAUUAGUUUGCCAAACGUAAAAGAGCAGGUACACUUACACCAGUCAAUUGGUGUAGAUGCUCAUAAUCAAAGGAUUCAAAUAACAGAUGAACCUCUAGAUGAACCAGUUAUGAAUUUUGAAAAAAAUGUUAUUGAAAAUGAUCAAACAGAAUUGAUUUUCACAAAUGUAAAGUGCAAUAAUGAAAUUAGUUUGCCAAACGUAAAAGAGCAGGUACACUUACACCAGUCAAUUGGUGUAGAUGCUCAUAAUCAAAGGAUUCAAAUAACAGAUGAACCUCUAGAUGAACCAGUUAUGAAUUUUGAAAAAAAUGUUAUUGAAAAUGAUCAAACAGAAUUGAUUUUCACAAAUGUAAAGUGCAAUAAUGAAAUUAGUUUGCCAAACGUAAAAGAGCAGGUACACUUACACCAGUCAAUUGAUGUAGAUGCUCAUAAUCAAAGUAUUCAGUUAACAGUUUCUUCCUCAUCAAAUCCAUCUAAAUUUAAUCAGGAACAAGAAACUAAAAAAAUUGAUCUUUCUCAGAUUAAAAUACCAGUUAUUAAAAGAAGAGAUAUAAGUUAAUAUUAUCCUGGUUCUGUAGUACUAAUGUUGUUGAUAAAGUCAUGAACAUGGGUUGGAAAAUAAGCGAACAUGACGUAUCUUCAGAUGUACCUGAUACAAUCAUCGACGAAAUGGUUGAUUUAUAUCAAGUUAAAGAUUAUUUUUUGCCUUGUGGUUGGAAAAAGGUACAAAAUAUUGUAGCAAAAAAAAAAAGCUCUCAUAAUUUAUGGCUAUGUCCAAUAUGCAACAAAAAAUGUAUAAGCAACACAAUAAGUUGUGACCACU